AUGGAGGAAAUUGGCUCUGUUUGGAUAUUCGAGAAGCUCAAGUCUCAUUUGUACUCGCAUGUCAUGAUGAGUUUUAUCCUUUCAUAUAGUGUUUCAGUGGCCAUUAAAGUGAUUGAUAGCACAACACCUUUCUUUACCUUUCUGUUGACUUCAUUGUUCCUGGUCAAAAACUUCUCGAUGACGAAGAUUUUUCGCUUGCGCAGAUUGCAGAUCCAAAGGCUGUUGCAACAAAUCUUGCCGGCACCUCUGUUACCGAGGGCAGCUAGAGUAGCAUUGACUUCGUGCAGAAUUGUAGGCUUUUUAGCAUUAAUCAUACUCAUUUUACUUGCUUGCGCUGACAAGAUAUGGGAAGAUCCAGAAAAAGAUUUCAUCGAAAGUGCAGAUGCAGUAGAGACCAAGAUUAGUGACUUUGGUCUGAGAAUAGAUGGUAGAGUUGAUUCAGUUAGAAAAGAAUUUGAUGCACGUGUUGCACCUGAUAUUUUUAAGAAGUUGAACUACUUAUAUGCGAGGAUUGAUGUUUUGGCGCGAGAGGUUGGGAGGUUUUGAUGGUUUUGCUUUUGAUGCUGUUUGGACAUAUAUGUUUUUACUUGUUUAGGAGCUCUAAUGUUUUGGAGUCUUCUAAUAAAGCACGCAUGCAAGCAAAAGUCUUUAAUAACGCUUUACCAGUGUUUAUAUUUAUUUUGGUGUUUUUGAAGGUUGAUUACAUGCAAAUUGGGUCGUUUUGCCCUUUGUACAUCCUGUGAACGUGUUUGCGCGAUGCAUG